GUGUCGAAGGAGUAUGUCGAGCAAGGCCAUGAAUAACGUAAUAAAUACGACGCGAUAAAUUGGCCGAGUACUUGAGAUUAUUUAUUAGAAAGACCCGAAAGAGCCGAGCAAACGGACGGAUUCCUUAUUAUUAAGGCGUGUACAUUAUAUUACAUUUUUAGAAUAUAUUAUUCAAUAUCAAAGUGUCUGGCAUUCCGCAAAUAACUAAGGCAACUAAGAAUAGCAAUCGAUAAAACGAGGAAAGGAGAGGGAGCGAAAAUUAGAGGGUAGCACGAGAGAAGGAGCGAGAGAGAAGGGGAAGUAUAUAUCGUCGUUUAUAUUUGACGCACCAGCUCGUUCUCGUUUCUGUCGCGCGAAACGAGAAAACGCGAAAGGAUCUUACGGCCUCGCUGCGUGAAUGCGUGUUUGUCUUCAUCUUCUUUCACAUCCCCGAUGCAGUGCAACGCGCAUUUAUAUGCUUCCCGAUGCGGCGAACGAGACUGAUGAUUGAGUAACAAAAUAAAUUGCUCGACUCGAUCUCACCAAGAUUUGACAGUUGUAUCGCAAAAGUGCCUUUCCUGUCAUUAACGCGCACGUAAAAUGUUCCAGAGAGACGGAACGAGAUUGAGACAACGCGCGGCGAAGAGGACGUUAACCGAAUUACCUUACGAGAAUAAGAUCGCUUCGAAGAAGCAAGACGUACUGCCAAAUGAAACCCAGCAUCUACUCUUCGUUCUCACGUUCUUUCUCUUCGUGUCGUUCAUCAUAAUCGUAUUGGAGAGAAAUCUGCCGGAUCCGAUAACCAUCGAUACCGAGAGAUUGUAUCCAGGGAGAUUUGUUGCUGAACGAGCACGUAAUCACGUGGUAAACCUAACGUCGAUCGGACCCCGUAUCGCCGGCAGUUACGAGAAUGAAGUCCUAGCUAUUAAAUUUCUCACGACAACGAUCAAUAAUGUGAUUGAAACGGCGCACGAGAAUCAUAGGAUAGUCCUUAAUAUUACCAAGCACAGCGGCGCAUUCCCACUUAAGUUUCUCGAUGGCAUGACCAACGUUUACAGGAACGUGCAAAAUGUUAUUGUCAAAGUUGGACCUCACAGGCCUACCAUGUACAGCUUGCUGCUUAAUUGUCAUUUCGAUUCGUUUAUAGAAAGUCCAGGCGGUUCGGACGAUGGUGCUGGCUGUGCUGUCAUGCUAGAGAUUUUACGAAUAAUUACUCAAAGUCCAAAAAUAUUGAAGCACAGCAUCAUAUUUUUAUUUAAUGGUGCAGAGGAGAAUAUAUUGCAGGCAUCUCAUGGCUUUAUAACGCAACAUCCUUGGGCAAAGGAAGUUAAAACAUUUAUAAAUCUAGAAGCAUGUGGAGCCGGUGGUCGUGAAUUAUUAUUUCAGGCUGGUCCUCACAAUCCUUGGAUGCUUGAGGUUUAUGCCAAAUCUGUGCCAUAUCCUUAUGCAUCAUCGUUAGCUCAAGAAAUAUUUGAGAGCGGCAUUGUACCUGGUGAUACUGAUUUUCGAAUAUUUAGGGAUUUCGGGAAAGUUUCUGGCGUUGACUUUGCAUGGUCAAAGAAUGGCUAUGUGUAUCAUACAAAAUUUGACAAUGUUGAUCAGAUACCACUGGGAACCUUGCAAAGAACCGGUGAUAAUAUUCUCGCUUUGACACAAGGAAUAGUGUUUGAAGACCAUUUAUCAGAUCCGAAUGUGCAAGAGACACGUGGAAAUCUCGUAUUUUUCGAUUUUUUGGGCGCAUUCGUUGUCAGAUGGCCACAAUACAUUGCUAGUACAGUUAAUAUCGCCAGUUUAAUUACAGCUGGGUAUUCUAUCUAUUUGAAUAUGCAGAAUGCACGUAGAAAUAUUAAGAGAUGGAAUUACAUGAGACAUGUGACAAUGUGUGUUGGAGUGGUUAUCAUCUCAUGGCUGGCAUCCAUGUUUUCUUGUACAUUGAUUGCCCUAAUAUUGACUAAACUGGGAAAGGUAAUGAGUUGGUACGCAAGACCGGCCUGGCUAUUUUUUCUAUACAUUUGUCCAACCACUUUUGUGUCGAUGAUCGUAUUUCUGCACAUUGGAUCGAGACAGAGAAAGGAAGUUAGCUCUGUAUGGAUCUUGCAUCAAAUAUACUGUGACGCUUAUGCCGUAAUAUGGAUGACGAUACUUUUCGUAUGUGUUUUAUUCGAAAUUCGAUCAGGCUUUAUACCGUUGCAUUGGGUCUUAUUCCCUGCGAUCGGAAAUAUCGUACGACACUAUUUUUUCAACAAAUGGAGAGACUGGAAAUGGCUUUGUUAUCAUUUGGGAUCGUUGAGUCUGUCUUAUAUACAGUCAUUUUACUUAGCGCUCGGUGCUCUCUAUCUCUUUAUCCCAAUAAUGGGACGAUCUGGCGGCAGUAUUAAUUCCGAAGUCGUAAUAGCUAACAUGUUGUCAAUAUUGUUCUGUCUGCUAUUUAGCUUCACGUUGCCAAUAGUGCUUCUAAUAAAGAAUGCAGAACGAAUUAUAAAUGUGAUAGUUGGGAUUUUCUUAAUUGCUAUUGCUGUGUUAAUUUUAACACCACUGGGAUUCCCUUACAGUGGCGAUCCAUUAUCGCCCGCACCACAACGAUUUAUGAUCGCGCACAGUCAACGCCAGUUUUAUGAUGCAGAUGGUAAUGUUAGAUAUUCCGGUACUGGAUAUUGGUCGGUGGAUUUAGAUAUGAAUAGUCCUCACAGCGUAGAAUCGAUAGUACCUGAAGUGGCUGUCGCGACACCAACUGUCAGAGACUGUGAGAAAGAAUUAUACUGUGGUUUUCCAUAUUUAAUGCCAGUCACAACUUUCUUGUGGAAAACGAGUUGGAUUCCUGGACCCGCCCCGCUUAUAAGUAUCCCUACAAAACUCGAGAUUAUUUCAAAGACUGCAAAACAGAAUAUGAUUAAUUUUACCUUCAAUGUUACAGGUCCUGAUCACAUGAGUAUAAUUCUAUCUCCGUAUAAAGGUGUUCAUUUAGAAAAGUGGUCUGUGAUUGAUGAGAAACCGUUGCAAGGUCCAAUGUGGAACGAUAGAGAAACUUACUUCAUCUAUUAUGCAUGUGCCUCAGAUUGUAUGCCAUAUACAUUUUCUAUCGAGUUAAAUGUUUCUACUGCGCAAAAAGGCCCGUGUUUGUCGAUCGCGUCAGUCGGACAUUUUUUACACAGCGAACACCAAAGAUCUUUGAGAUUUAAGAAAUUCUUGGCGCAAUUUCCAUCGUGGACUGUCAUCACUCCCUGGACAGCGGCGUAUACGUCAUGGGAAUUUUAACGAGAGUGACAUUAAGAUGCGAUAAGCACGGACUAAAAUGCAAAGCAAUAUUGUCCUACAGAAUAGAACAUCUCUCGGAUUAACAAAGAAGCCUAAUAAAUUAAAUUGCGUUUUUGAGGUAAGAUUGAAACCUGAUAACGUAGAUAUGUAAUAUCGCUUAAUACUUAGAUUUAGUCUUUAACAUUUCCUAAAAUAUUUCAGUAUCAAAGAACGUUAACGAAAUACAGUAAAGAAUGAAACGACGAUUUGCGUUCUCAUUCUGAGUUUAUAUAAAUUUUUUACUAGCGUAUUAUAUAUAUAUAUAUAUAUAUAUAUCGUUAACAGAGACGAUGUCAAAUUAGCCUAAGAUGUUGAUUUAGAUUUAAAUUAUAUAGAAAAACAUUUUAUCAUUACGUAUAUACAUAUAGUAUAUACAUUUAAAAAAAGACAGAGAGAGAAAAAGAGAUAUAAUAUUUGCCCAAAUGCUUUCAAAAGUGAUAGAGCUACGAUCAUUUUUCGUAGAAAAACGUACAGUAAUAUUGCAUAUCAUAAGCACUAACUUUUGGUUUUAUAAUUUCUACAAAUAUUUAACAAAUCAAAAUCUAGAAAUCGAAUUAUAACAUAUAGAAACUGUGAUUGCAUGAUAUACGCUCUCUUAGUAUAUUUCAAAGUUACACAUUUAAAUAUUGAUACUAGUUCAAAUUUCAAAUGAUAAAUCAAUUACUAAUUGCAUGAUUAGCGUAUUGAACAUGAAUUACGCAUGAACUGUUCGAAAUGUUUAUAGACUGUUUUAUGCUUUCGAAUUCCUUAGAUUCGUUAGUUUGAAAAUUCACAAUUUAAUCAGUCAUAACUGCUAUUUGGCACAAAAUACAGCUCAAUGCUAUCGAACACAUCAUAUUUUCUUCAUAUAAUAGACAAUAUAAUUGACAAGCGAAUGUAAAAAUAGUACUUUACAUUUACAUCGUAAUAUUUAGACGCAGCAAAUAAAAAAGUUUCUUGACAUAUUAGAAAAUUAAAUAUAUGGGAAAAAAUUUUAUAUUUUGAAUAGUAUAAUCGAAAAAGCACUAAGAUAACAUUUUUUUAAAUAUACGUAUGUAUGUGUGUUUAUGUAUGUACACAUAUACAGACACAUACGUACAGAACGUGCUUAAUACAUUAUAUAUUAAUAUAUUACAUUCUAUUCUUAGAUUUGAGUAUUUAAUUACACUCUGCAUGCAAGGAAUUUAGAGAAAUAGUAUCCAAAUAUUGUAGGAGAACUUUCACCAUUCAUGCUCUUUGUAAUCAAUUUAUAAAUAGAUUACAAUUUCAUUCCCUCUUUUCCUAGUUUUAGAAAUAGAUUAUAGAAAUCUACAUUCUUAAUAGCAUAUCAAAAAAUUGAGACUUGACACGAGUAUCCCAGUGUAAUUUUUUAAUGACUCUUUUACAUAAUAAUUUAAUAUUUUGCAUUUAGAUGCUAACUGCUCUUUAUGCCGUAGUUGUAAACAAAUACCAAGUUUAUCUCUAAUUAUAAAUCCUUAAUUUCUUUAUGCAACUUUCUCCUCAAUGAAAAAAUAAUUUUUUCGCCUAUAUUAAAUGUUUUCGAUACAUUACAAGCUUCUUUGUACACACAAAACAUCCACAUUUUACGAUAUCACACUUUGAACACAAUACAUUCUGCAUCCAAUUGUGGGCCACUGUAUUCAUACAUGACAAUUAAGAAUCAUUGGUAUUCUGAUUCUUCUAAUAUUCUAAUGUGAUCUUGGCACGAUUCCUCUUCUCCAUCUCUUUCAUAAAUCACAAUUAAUAUCAAUUGACGAAUACAUUCUACGAAUAAUGAACACUACUUAAUAAUACCGAUUAGCAGGAUGUCCAGUUUCUAUUUCCAUAACAGUUAAAAGACUAUGAUGCUUUGCUUACGUAAUGAAAUUUUUGCCACAAGUCCAUUGGCAUAGUUAAUUGCUUGAAUGUUUAUGCCUGUGCCGCAAGUUACUCUAUGUAACUUACCGAAUUAUUCGUUGUACUUGAUAAAAUAAUAUAUGACGAAUAUAAAUUAUAUUGCGCGAAACUUCGCAUUAAAAUCUUUCGCGAAUAGGAAAAGUUAUCUAUCAAUAUUAGUGAUAAAUAGUACAACGCGCGCGCAUAUUUCAUUAUAAAAAAAUAAUAGUUUUAUAUAAUAUAUGAAUCAAAAUUUUGUAGUAACAAAGUAGUAAAAUAUAUUUAACGGCGAGUACGAAAAGGUUGAAACAUUUACGUAAUAUAUUUUUUAUGUAGUUCAAAUUAUUUAUCUUCAACUGUUUUGUUACAUAAUUUACGUUGUA